AUGUUUAGUUUUAAAUAUUUUUUUAUAUUCCUAUUUGGAAGUUUUUCAUUGUGCCAUGGGAGACAUGGUGAAUUCAUAACAAAAGAAGAUGGGAGGUAUGAUAUUUUAAAAUUUAAGGUGCCUGAAAGUAUUUGGCAGCAAGCUUUUAAACCAACUCCCGUGCUCAAGUCUCCAGUGACCAUUGUAGUUCCAAUUAAUGUAGCAGAAAACGAGGAAAAUGAAACCAUAUAUGAUGACGAGAAUGAAAUCGAUCCAAUUAAUGAUUCCCCUAUUGAAAAUGUACCAGUAAGCGAUGAGCCGGUAAGCAAUGCGCCUGUGUCAGCUGCAGUAACAGUGUCUGAUGUAACGCAAAAGCCAACUGUACAAGAUGAGAUUCCAGGCCCUGUAGGCAAUGUAAACGGAACAGUGAUAAGGUUCCCAUGCAAUUGUAGAUCUGGCCAAUGCGGCUGCUGUACGGGUGCUAUAUUAGAACGAUUUAGAACUAAAGCAUGUGGAAAUAUAUCUUUCAUUCCUGAAGACUUCGUUUUUGAUGUCAGAUUAAGCAUUAACAACAAUACAGUAAUUCGUCGGCGUGUUUCAGCGAGUGAUCCUCCACCAAUAUGUCUCAAUCCAAGAAGAGCACCGUUUAUUCGUGUUUGUGCUGAAAUAAGUAACAUUCGUGUACGAAAUGGAAAUGCUUUCGCCUGCUUGGAUAUUAAUGCAGAUAUCGCAGGAUUCACUAUUUACUCAGCCUCGUUUAGAUGUUUUGGAUUGGGAUCGGCUGGGGUCCAAACCGGCUUAAAACCUAAGCCGGUGUCUUCCGGGCCGGAACCUGUAAAUUUGUUUGGAAACAGCAAUAAUAACAAUGAAGGGACUAUUUUGGAUGCUGCAGGCGCACUUUUAGGAGGGGAAGGCAGUCGACCGAAUGGGGGACUUUUUGGGGGUGGUAAUGAUGGUCCCUUGGACGCAAUCGGUGAUGCUAUUGGUGAUAUUUUUGAGGGACGAUAUUUUGAUUAG